CACAAUUCUCCUCUCCAAAUGGGUUUUGUGUUAUUUUCCACUCUCUUCCUUCUUUUCCCUCAAAAUCUCUCAACCACACUCUCUUUCUUGCUCCAUCCAUGAUGGAGUUAGGCCAAGACAAUCUCAUUAGCAAUUCUGCACCUGAUGGAACAGAGUCACAGUUUGGUGGUUCCUUUGUUUGUCAUACAGUUAAUCAUAUCAAUUCUAGGGGAUAUUGGUUUGGUGAUAACCCACUUGAAUUUUCUGUCCCUCUCUUCAUGAUCCAGAUUUUUCUCAUGUUCAUUUUCACACGCUUUAGUUGCCUUAUUCUCAAGCCUUUUGGUCAACCCUCUUUUGUUUCUAACAUUCUUGGUGGUGUGACACUAGGUCCUUCAAUUCUUGGACACAGCUCAGCAUUUGCCAACAAUUUUUUCCCAAUAAAAGGAAGAAACGUUCUUGACACAUUAGCAUUUUUUGGUUUCAUGUUAUUCAUUUUCUUACUUGGGGUAAAGAUAGAUCCAACCAUCAUUUUCAGAUCAGGUAAAAAGACAUUUGCCGUUGGAAUUUUAUGCUUCUUUAUUCCUUACUCACUUGGCGGAAUCGUUGCUUCAAUCUUAAGUCACUUUGCAUCAUUGGAUGAAGAUAUUUCCAUGGUGCUUACUGCUGUGGUAGAAAUUCAAUGUGUCACAGCCUUUCCAGUAAUUUCUUGCCUUCUUGCCGAACUCCAGAUUCUCAAUUCAGAAAUCGGACGGUUGGCUUCGUCGGCUUCGCUAGUAUGCGACGUAUGCUUCAGUUUAGUAUUGUCAAUAAAGUAUGCUGUUAAACUAUCCUCCACAAAGUCAAUAGGAGUAACAAUUGGAUCACUUUUUUCCACAACUCUUCUUAUUUUGUUCAUAGUGUUUGUUGUUCAUCCAGCUGCAUUAUGGGCUAUUCAACACACACCAGAGGGAAAACCUGUUCAAGAAAUUUACAUUUGUGUAACUCUUAUAACAGUAAUAUUCUGUGGAUUCAUUGGUGAAGUCAUUGGCAUAGAUGCAAUCAUUGUAUCUUUUCUGGUAGGACUAGCUAUACCUGAUGGUCCUCCAUUAGGAGCAGCAUUGGUAGAUAAACUUGAGUAUUUUGUUUCAGUAGUGCUUUUACCUAACCUUUUUGUUAUUGUUGGAUUGAGGACAGAUGUUUUUGCUAUACAAAAGAUGAAGAAUGUGGGAAUCAUUGAGUUGAUUAUUUUCAUUUCAAUUUUUGGUAAAAUUAUAGGGGCUUUAUUGCCUCUACUUUUCUCUAGGAUGCCAUUGAGAGAUGCACUUUCUCUUGGUCUUAUUAUGAACUGCAAAGGCACUGUUGAAUUGGCACUUUUGAUCAACUUGAGAUUGACAAAUGUUAUGAAUGAUGAAUUGUUUGCAAUUAUGGUUCUUACAUUAGUUCUUGUAACCGGCAUUGUGUCACCUAUUGUGAGAGCUCUAUAUGAUCCUUCAAGGAGGUUUCUUGCUUACAAAAGGAGGACAAUCUUGCAUCACCAAAGUGAUCAAGAAUUCCGAAUACUAGCUUGCAUUCACAAACAAGAUAAUGUGUUAGCUAUUUUGAACCUCCUCUCAGCUUCAAAUCCGACAGAAACAACCCGCAUCGACUUAGUUGUACUACAGCUUGUUAAGCUUGUAGGAAGAGCUUCUUCUGUUCUUGUUGCACAUAUACCGCGCGAAAAGCCUAGCGAAAAAAUCUUCAACUCAUUCAGCAAAUUUGAAGAUGCUUAUAGAGGAAAAGUCACAUUGCAUUGCUAUAAAGGUAUCUCACCAUAUGCUACAAUGCACAAUGAUGUAUGCUACUUAGCACUUGAAAAAAGAACAACAUUCAUAAUCAUACCAUUCCAUAAACAAUGGAUAAUUGGAGGCAUGGCCGAGUCAUCUUUCGCCUUCAAGCAACUCAAUAAAAAUGUUCUUGACAAAGCUCCUUGUUCGGUCGGUGUCCUAAUCGACCGAGGCAAUCAGAAGAAAUUCUGGUGUGGCUAUUUGAAUGAAUCAACAUAUCUAGUUGCCGUGUUUUUCUUUGGAGGCGCGGACGAUAGAGAAUCACUUGCAUACGCGAAACGUAUGUUGGAUCAACCUAAUGUAAAUGUUACUCUCUUUCAUUUUUCAUCGUCCAAAAAUAUUGUUGGUGGAACUGAUAGAAGCAAAAGGCUUGAUACUCAAAUAUUAAGUGAGUUUAGACUAAGUGCUUUUCGGAAUGAUAGAGUUUCUUACAGAGAAGAGAAUGUAAUGAAUGGAAGAGAUGUUCUUUCAGUUAUUGAAUACAUGGAGAGUUUUUAUGACCUUGUCAUGGUUGGUAGAAGGCAUGAAGAUUCACAGUUAAUGUCUGAACUUAGAAAAUGGAAGCAUGGUGAAUUGGGAACUGUAGGAGAGAUUCUUGCAUCUUUAAAUAUUGGAGCUAAAACAUCAAUUUUGGUUGUGCAACAACAAAUUAGAUUUUGGGGGUCACGUGAUCCAGAGGAAUCUACACACUUGAGAAGAGUAAAUAAUAGCAAUGUUUAGGAUUUUACAUCAACAAUCUUUAUGUAUAGACUUAGUAUUUUUUUAUAUAGAUCAUGGUAUUUUAAGAACUUCCAAAUUUGCUUUA